AUGGAGCUCCUUCGGAAUCAGCUAAGUGCCGUGACACGCAGUUAUGAGGGGCUCUGUGAGGAGCUAGAAGCUGCGGGGCUGGAGUUUGACUAUGAAAUGGAAGAGAUUCGCAGAAUUGAUGGGGAUGCGGCUGCUGAAGGUGGUGCUGAAGUGACAGAGUCUAGUCAAGAAGCUUCCGGCCAUUGUGUUGCGUACGCCCAGCCCCUGCCAGUGAUGGUUGGGUUCCUGCAGGGCAACCCGGUGAGCCACUGGAGCGGGGGAGUCAACUUGUGGAAGCCCCCUGCUGUGAAGCCAGGGGACAUUCUUGAAACACACGAUGUGCAGCGCUUCAAGAGCAUCUUGGCCUUCAAUGCCUACUCCUUCCUCAGCGCCGUGCCACUCACCUCCGCCUCGCAGUUCGGCAUGCGGCGCUUCCAAGUCAAGCCCGCCCAUGCCGGCAAGACGCUCUUCUUUGGGAGCAGCGUGGGCAAGGACUGCCAGCGAGGCGUCAAGAUCGCCAUUCCUGUCAGCUAG